AUGUCCCAAAGCACCUGCAACCAGAAAGGAUGUUCCCAGAUCGGAAGCCACAGACACGAGGAACAUCAGGCAGAACCAGCUAUCCUGAGCACGAUCUUGGAGCACAUCGGCAACACACCCAUGGUCCGCAUGGACAAAAUUGCCAAGUCUGAAGGUCUCCAGUGCGAACUCUUGGCAAAGUGCGAGUUCUUCAACGCUGGUGGAUCUGUCAAGGACCGUAUCGGCCUUCGUAUGAUCGAGGAGGCCGAGCGUGAUGGCCGUUUGAAGCCUGGAUGCACCAUCAUCGAACCCACCUCUGGAAACACUGGAAUCGGUCUUGCUUUGGCUGCUGCCGUCAAGGGCUACCGCACCAUCAUCACCCUGCCCGAGAAGAUGUCACAGGAGAAGGUUGAUGUGUUGAAGGCUCUGGGCGCUGAGAUUGUUCGCACCCCUACCGAGGCCGCCUGGGAUGCCCCCGAGUCCCAUAUUGGAGUUGCCAAGCGUUUGAAUGCCGAGAUCCCUGACUCUGUCAUUUUGGACCAGUACAGCAACCCUUACAACCCUGUUACGCAUUUCGACCACACUGCUGAGGAGAUCUUGCGUGCUUGCGAUGGGCGCGUGGAUAUGUUGGUUGCAGGAGCUGGUACUGGAGGAACUAUUACUGGAAUUGCCAGGAAACUCAAGGCGCAUUGCCCCAACAUUAUUAUCGUGGGAGUAGACCCUCAUGGUUCUAUUUUGGCAGAGCCCGAAUCACUCAACGCCUCAACUGAAGGAUACCAGGUCGAGGGCAUCGGUUACGAUUUCAUCCCCGAGGCCCUUGAGCGCAAGGUGAUUGACCGCUGGGUCAAGAGUGCCGACAAGGAGUCGUUCGUCAUGGCCCGUCGUCUCAUCCGCGAGGAAGGUAUCCUAUGCGGUGGAUCCUCCGGAACUGCGGUUGCUGCAGCAGUCAAGGCUGCCAAGGAAUUGGGACCUGGCCAACGUUGUGUUGUCAUCCUCCCGGACUCUGUGCGCAACUACAUGACCAAGUUCUUGAGCGACGAUUGGAUGAAGGUCAACGGGUUCACGGACCAGGCCUUCGUCAAGGAGCAAGAGUCCAAGAAGCUCCAGUGGGGCGGGGCCACGGUUGCAGAUUUGCAUCUGAAGGCUGCGGUCACGAUCACGGAUAUGUCACCCGCACGCGAGGCGAUCCAUUUGAUGGAGCACAAUGGGUUUGACCAGCUUCCUGUUGUUUCGGCCAAGAAUGGUCGUUUGGUCGGGCUAGUGACGCUCGGAAACCUGCUGUCGAGGAUCGCGUCGGGUCGUGUCGGGGUCGAUGGACAUGUCAAGGAUGUGAUGUUCAAGUUCCAGAAGAUUGGAGCUCACUUUACGGAAAUCACGGACGAUACUCCUCUGGAGGAGUUGACAAGGUUCUUUGAGACGAACUCGGCGGGAGUUGUGACCGAGCUUGGAGGUCAGAAGGUCAAGGCUGUCAUUACCAAGGUCGAUCUUGUCUCCUUCUUGGUCAAGAAGGCAUCCGUCUAA